AUAACAACUCCAUGGCGGACAUGGCGGACAUGUGAAUUGCGGUUACGUGUUUUCAAUGACACUAACCAACCCCGAAAGAUAUUCAAUGUAUGUUAAAAUGAAAAUUGUGCUCAUGACUGACUUCGUUUGAGGAUCUUGUUUAACACAUGUCAACAGCUGUAGUUUUAUAUGGCGAAGUCGGGAUGUGUGCACGCUGACGACAGAACUACAGGAACUUCGAAGAACAUGAAAUUCCGAAUUGUUUGUUCGGGUGAAGAUGAUGUUAGAAACGGGAUAGCUUUAAAUCUGUCCGGUUUGCUGACAAGUACGGAACCAAAACCUGCAUUUUCAGGGAUAUUGUCUAUAAAUGAAAUCCAAGACAUACCAAAUGCAUGUACCUUUUUGGAGAGUGAGUUUGAUGGGACUACAAUAUUUAUUUUGGAUAGAAGGCUUAUGUCCCUUGCACAAUACAGAAAGGCAUUCAGAAUGUUCAAAAAAAUAACGGAAUUUCUGUCCCCUCUUUAUAGGGGCCAUAUUCUCCUUAUCAACCAUGAUGUCCCGAGGGAGGAUUUGGAAGAAUUUAAGAAGGACUUUGAUCUAUCAGAUGACUUUGAGCAGGCCCUUGUACACUGUUCCGAUCAUGAACUAAUUAAUAUUGCAGACCAUGCCUACAGACUGAUGUCUCGCCCUGGCCCCACAGAGUCGGAAGAAGAAUAUGUGAGUCUUCCUCCUGGGAUAACUGGAAAUCUAAGGUUUCCAUCCCUGGAAUCUAAUGACUGGCAAAGGAUGAGUGUAACCUCUUUACAGAAUAAUCAGACGAUGCCCAAGCUACCAUCAUACUACUUAAGGCAGUUCUCCACACCAGAUUCGGCAUCAAGUGGUGAAAGCUAUAACAACUACAACAGAAGGCCUAUGGAACACCACUGUUCCAUGUCCUCUGGUGAUUCAGUGAGUGGGGCUCGGAUGUCCCCAGUCGGAGACUCAGCCCCUGUGUCUCUCAAGGGGCAAUCAAGGUCCGUGCCUAUGUCAAGGUCAACAAAAGCCCAACAGGAUCCAAUAGAAUUCAGGUCUGAUCCUGCAAGACCACCGGUGGUUGGAUAUAACCCUGAUCAUGUGACAAGAUAUAACCCUGGUCAUGUGACAGGAUAUAACCCUGGUCAUGUGACAGGAUAUAACCCUGGUCAUGUGACAGGAUAUAACCCUGGUCAUGUGACAGGAUAUAACCCUGAUCAUGUGACAAGAUAUAACCCUGGUCAUGUGACAGGAGAUAACCCUGGUCAUGUGACAGGAUAUAACCCUGGUCAUGUGACAGGAUAUAACCCUGGUCAUGUGACAAGGCAGUUAACUGGGCAGACACUACCACAAAGAAUGCCUGAACAAAAUCAAGAAAGCAGCUUUUCGUCAGAGGAGAUGUUUGUGUCAAAUUAUCAAGGACAAGUAGAGGAAAAUAUACAGCAUGUUCCCAAUCCUGGGGUCAUGUCGAUGAACUCAGUCGACAGUGGGAACUACAGUAGAGGGUCUGCAGGUCUAAAUUUCCUCAGACAGGAGCCACUAAGUUCACAUACAAACAGUGAAAUAGUGUCGUCAUACGUCCGCGGAGACAUGGACCAUUUACUGGAAGAUAUCGGAGAAGAUGGAUUAUCCAAAUCCAUGUUUGAUACCAAUAGCCGAGGUCAGCCUUUAUCUUCAGGGCCUGUUGUUCCCCCAAGUACAACAGGAUGUAAUGACUAUUAUAUGGAUGAGUCUGUACCUCAAUUUCCAACAUGCGGUCCUACAGCUUUAAAUCAGUUAAGUGGAGAUUGUGUUAAGAAAAAAUCUGACAGCAUACCAUCCAUCGAGUCAAAUACAGUCAACUCAAUGAUAAUGAGUGAUGUUAGUGGGAAGUUAAAUAACAGUGGAAACAGCUUCGGAGGUCAUCAGCAUCAAAGGUCACUCCAGGGUCAGAGGUCACAGCAAAACCAAGGGUCAUUCCAAGGUCAAGGACUCCAGCAGCAGAUGCAACAGCAAGGUGAAGGUUUAAACCAUGAAGAAGGGCCACAGAGAGGUCAAGAGUUAAACCAGAGUCACAUGUUACCAUGUCAAAGGUCAUUUCAUGGACAGAGUUUACAAGGUCAAAUGGUAAACCAAAUGCAAAGGUCACAGGGUCAGAUAUCAGCACAGCAACAGCUGUCACAGGGUCAGAGUUCUUCAGGACAAUUAGCGGUUCAGAUCCAGAUGAACCAGAUUGUGACAGGAAUGUCUAACAUAAAAUUUACAGAACCUACUGCCAUCACAUCAUUUAAAGCUGAGGAUCAAAUUGAUGGAAUAUUACAGGCAUACACCAAUCAGAUGUGUGUCCCAAAUAUUGUCACUCACAGUGGUCAGGGUAAUCCCAACCAAACAAUGGCUACAAGCACCACAAACCUGGGUAGGCAAGGGACGCAAACAAUGGCUACAAAUGCCACAAAUCUGGGUAGGCAAGGGAUGCCAACAAUGGCUACAAACUCUACAAACCUUGGUAGGCAAGGGAUGCCAACAAUGGCUACAAACUCCACAAGCCUGGGUAGGCAAGGGAUGCCAACAAUGGCUUCAAAUGUCACAAACCUUGGUAGGCAAGGGACGCAAACAAUGGCUACAAAUGCCACAAACCAUGGUAGGCAAGGGGCACAAACAAUGGCUACAAACUCCACAAACCUUGGGAGGCAAGGGAUGCCAGCACCGGCUACAAAUGCCACAAACCUGGGUAGGCAAAGGAUGCCAGCACCGGCUACAAAUGCCACAAAUCUGGGUAGGCAAGGGAUGCCAGCACUGGCUACAAAUUCCACAAAUUUGGGUAGGCAAGGGAUGCCAGCACCGGCUACAAAUGCCACAAAUCUGGGUAGGCAAGGGAUGCCAACAAUGGCAACAAAUUCCACAAACCUGGGUAGGCAAGGGAUGCCAACAAACCUACAGAACAAGACAAGGCAGGGGGAUUUAUGUAUGCCAAGUAUACAGAAAAAUUUGGUAUCCAAGGGAGAUCAGCAGACCGUAAAGAUGUGCAGCAUGCAAAAUGUGCUUGACCCGAGGAUGGCCUCACCACAGGGCAUGACCUCACCACAGGGCAUGACCUCACCACAGGGCAUGACCUCACCACAGAUGAUGACCUCUUCACCCCAAAGCAUGCCCACCAUGCAGGAGACAGGGAUGAAUUUACUGUCCAGAUCUAGAGGUGAUGGGAUGUCCAGAGGAAUGCGGUCUCUACCAGACAAUUUACAAUCACAGACGGCUGGCUACCUCCAGCCUAACAUCAGGCGUGGGGAUGUAGACAACCAUUCAAGCAUGCAGUCGGAAACAGGUAACAGACUGACAGAUGAUCAAUGGAAUGGAGUCAAAGAUUCAUCCCAACAGGUUGAGAGGGAAAUGAGGCCCAAUGAUAUGGGGAAUUCUAACAGUCGCCGUGGACGUGAUGAUGGUGCCUCAGGCGGUACAGUUCCCGUGGUUACCAAUGAUGCUAUGGGGGCGGAGAAUCAGGUCGAUAUCCAUGAACUAGCCCACCCUGUCUUUGUGUACAUUCAAAACCAGCUGGAUUGCUCUCAGAUGUAUAACUGGAAGGAUCUUGCAGAUCUGCACCAUCUCAACUAUCGUCAGAUCCAGGAAAUUGAACAGUUGUGGAAACAUCGUAGGAUCGAUAGUCCUUUCGAGUACCUAAUCCGCACUUUCCAACGGUACAGUGUCCAGCAACUCCGGGAUGACCUAGAAAAGAUCCCACGCUGCGACAUACUGGAUCGUUUGAAGAAGAUGGAAAUUGAGGGAAAGUUACCCCCUGGUUGUGCUGGACUGUUUACACAGCCUCCAUGAGAGGACAGCAGAAAAAAAUCCUUUUUUAUAGGGUUUUGGUUCAUUAGACUUAUCUGGCCCGGUGUAUAUAGAAAUAAAUGUAAAGUCCCUGAAGGCCAGUUGACGCUUUCCUUACAUGUAUUUAAGAUGCUUGUACUGAAUUCCUGUACAAAUUACUUAAGAAUAUAGAAAGAACAAUCAUGUAUGUAAAGUAUUAAGAAACCAAAAACAAAGGCAAUAUAAAAUACUGCUGAAUGAUGAGUACAUUUUUCUUAAAUUUAAAGUUUAUUUAUUUUACAACAUUUGUGAAACUUUAAUUAAUCAAUGUUGUUGGCCUGGAUGGUAACACGUGAGUGGUCUAACUGCGGGAGGAAACCGCAGUACCCGAGAUACCCCUUGUGCUUGGGCACCUAGGUGAUCCCUAGUUACGUGAACCAUUUUACGUCUGAUCAGGGAAUCAAAUUCCGGCCAUCUAGGACUAGGAGAAAGGCAAGUGUGAUUCCACUGUGCCUCUCGAUUACCCGACAUUUAUUGUCAGAAGUUUCCUGGAGAGAAUGUUUGUCUUUGGUAAAAUGACUGAAUGAGAUUUGUACUUAAUCAUAGUCUACACCAUGUAGACCCAGACAAUAUUUAUCUGGUUUGUCCCAAGGACCAGUAUCAUAUUAUUCCAGCUCUAACGGAUCCAAUGGUUCCGUUUUAGUUUCCUUUUCAAAGAAAAGUGGAGCUAAAAUGAAAUCCCCAGUGUCAAAGUCAGCACGACUAGGUUAAAAAUUUGAUGCAAAUAAUGAAAUAUUCUUAUACAAGUGUAAAUAUGUAAUUAGAUGUGAUCUGGAAUGCUGAUGUUUAGCAUGAGGGCAAGGGUGUAUCAUUACAUUUUUCUAUUUCAAGACAUUAGAGCGACAAUGAUUGAUAUGAAGUAGAGGGUGUUCAGCCUGGGGAUAUAUAAGGAUGGGAGAAGUAAUGCAACAUUCCUGAAGUAAGAUUAUUGCAUGCAUUGAUUUUGCAUGAAAAACUAGCAGAGUCAAAAAUUUUUUUUUUUUUUGCUGGUAUGAUCAUUUUAGCAGUAUGAAUUAAGGUACCACAGUAAUUGAGAUGGGGAUCAUACAUUUCUACUGGUAUGGGUUGUAUUAAAUCCCAGUCACACCUGGCUUACAACCAGGAUAUGACCCACCGCAGCCUGUGGCUGAUGUUUUUGAAAUUGCAGCAAGUUGCUGACAGAUUAUGUGAUUGUAAGCUGAGGUUGUAGGUGAUCGUUAUGAAAAUUAGUCACAACAAGGUCUAAUAAUGUUCAAAACUGAUAUUAAGUUGUAUGUGAUCGUAGCUACAUUGUACUUUGCUCUCAGUCAUGUGACCAGUCCUACAUGAACUCACCACCAGUCAGGAAUGAUUGUAGGUUAUUUUACAUUUUGUCGUACCACCUUUAAGCUGGUUGUACCACCUUACAACUGGUCAUGGCACUUUAAAACUGGUUGUACCACUUAACAACUGGUUGUACCACUUUACAACUGGUUGUACCUCUUUACAAUACAACUGGUUGUACCUCUUUACAACUGGUUACUACUGGUUGUGCCACUAAUUAACAACUGUUCAGGUGGCCUGUGACAAUUGGCCACCUAUUGUGCAACUGAUACAAAGUGGUACCACCAACCUAUACAUGCCCUGACUGGUCGCACAACCUUUUUUCGAUGCUGACAUAAAGAUGGCAGACGAUCUGGAUGUUACCUGAGCUAGUGCAGCCACAGAUAAUUACAAAUUACUGCAGAUUGUGCUUACAAGAUGAAAUCGCAACAAGAAUUGGUUGUAUUUCAUAGAGAUUGUCACUAAGGAAGGGUUCAGUUUUCUUUAGUUUGUAUCAUGCAAUUAACAUGCCAUAUCGUUGCCUAUUCCAAGGUUGUUGUUUUUUUAAUCAUGUUUUUCCUAUUUAGCCUUUUUUUAGCCAAGUGUGAUUCUCUGAUGAUAAAUUAUAACACCUCGUUUUGUAAAAUCACCAUUUCACUGAAGAAUGAAGAAUGUAUAUUGUUCAAGAAUGAUUACCAUAAUAGUUAUACAGACAUCUUCCAAAAAUUUUAACUUUAUUUUAACGACAUCCCGACUGAAAUUCUAGGCAAUGCUUUUACUUUUGAUGACAUCCUGACUGAAAUUCUAUGCAAUUCGCUCUCUUUUAAUGACAUUCUUGACGUCAUUUAUUAGUCAUCGACUACUAUCAACGCUUUUAAUGACAUCCUGACUGAAAUUCCAGGUACUGCGCUCUCUUUUAAUGACAUCCUGACUGAAAUUCUAAGCAAUGCGCUCUCUUUUAAUGACAUCCUGACUGAAAUUCUAAGCAAUGCGCUCUCUUUUAAUGACAUCCUGACUGAAAUUCCAGGUACUGCGCUCUCUUUUAAUGACAUCCUGACUGAAAUUCCAGGUACUGUGCUCUCUUUUAAUGACAUCCUGACUGAAAUUCUAAGCAAUGCGCUCUCUUUUAAUGACAGUCUGACUGAAAUGCCAGAUGGUGCAUUGUAUUGCAAGUAUAUGUAUAUGGCAUUGAAAUGUUCCAUAUGUGUGAUCAAUGACACUGUGUUUGUUAGUAUUUGUUAAAGUAUCUGUUAAUAUGAGAUUUGUUAAUGAUUUAUCUAUCAUACUGUAAAUGUGGAUAUUUACGCGAGGGGGAAAUUUACGCUAAUUACGUGGAUCCCUUUUAAUCACGAAAAUUACCCCCCAUGUGUAUUAUUUUGAUAUUAAUUAGGGUAUACUGGAACUACAAACUAAGGUGGGUCGAUCACGAAAAUUACCCCAACGCGUAUAGUUUACAUAUGAAAAUCGCGAAAUUGACCACCCGUGAAAUUUAACCACAUUUACAGUAUAAUGCUUAUCAUGAUUAGAACUCCAUUUUUGAUAUCAUGUUAUUGUUUUUCAUAGAUUUUUGCUCAGAAGUUCUGUUAUGUAUUGUUUUACCUGCAAUAAAUGGCGAUCUUUGGUGUUUGUGACUGGAUUAGAUGCAGGUUUAACUGCACAGUGUCCAAAAGCCCGAGUUUCUUCUUGUCCUGACACCAUUUCUGGUAUAGGGUUGCCUGGUGGAAACUCGGGCUAAGUUUCCAAGAUUUCGGCUGCAGACAUUUUGUAGCAUGUAGUAGUUCAAAGAUUAUUGCUUUGGACAGUUUUAACCGUAGGGAUUUUAUAGUUUAGAACGGUAUUACUGUAUAGAUCUAAGACUACAAUGUACCAAUUAAUGUUAAUAGCAUCCCUCAGACAUCUGAAUAAUGUUUUCUGUGCAAUAUUCUCUAAUCAUGUAGUUAUAGAGCUUGCUCUGUAUUGACCUUUAUGUUUGAAGGUUAGAGGUCUAGGUCACUGUUGCUUUGAAUGAAAGGGGCCGCUGUGGCUGAGUGGUAAAGGUAUCCCAACACUUUAUCACUAGCCCUCCACCUCUGGGUUGCGAGUUCGAAACCCACAUGGGGCAGUUGCCUGGUACUGAUCGUAGGCUGGUUGUUUUUCUCUUGGUACUCCGGUCCUGUAAUUACCCUGGCUGUUAAUAGGACGUUAAACAAAACAAGCUAAACCAAACUUUGAAGAGAAAAUUGGCUUUUGUGUGUCAAACAGGAACAAGUUUAAUACAUGGCUCACAUCAUAUCAGAUAAUUAAAUCCCAUAUUACGUUGACACUUAUGUACAACAUACUGUUAAUAUUUACACAAAUCAUACACCUUUCUGAAAAAGUUGCAUUUAACAAGAUUUUUUUGAUAAUAUUUGCUUUGGAAU